ACCACAUUUGUGGGACUGUCCUCGAAGAAAAUGACUUCGAUGAAAAAGUUGUCUGGCUUUCCAUCGCUUGAUGGAAGCGAAAUCCUGGUACCAUCUGAGAGACGUGGACAGCUUUGGCGAUGGUUUAUUGCUGGAACGUUGCUCAACCUGUGCAUCACCGCUGCAUUGGUUGGCUUGACGGCGUUCUACUUCAGCACGGAGUUGCAGUCCGUCAGGGUCCAGAUGGAAUCUCACGGAGAGCGUCUGGCGUUAUUGGAGAGAGUUCCUCUACCAACAAGCCAAAAAGAAAAUGAAAUGCCGGGCGCCCUCAAUGAGGUCUUGUCGAGACAGAGAAGAGGUCUGGAGAGACCCAAGUCCAUGGACUACCCGUUCAAUGUCGAGAACAACGCUUCGUCGGUGUUCUUACACCAGAAAAUUGAUCCAGAGGAUCGACCACUCAUGACAAGACCUUGUCGAGACGGACGGGAUGGAAGAGAUGGUAUGGAUGGACGGGAGGGCCGGCAAGGAGCUCAGGGAGAGAAGGGGAGUCCUGGUGAGGCAGGCCUGCAGGGAGAAGCCGGACCACGGGGCAUGAAAGGAGACCCCGGUGACAUUGGUUCCCCCGACUCUAGCACCAAUCCAGCAGGGGGACCUACUUACAUCCGAUGGGGGCGCACUACUUGUCCAGAACAUGAAGGCACUGAGUUUGUGUAUCAAGGAUUUGGAUCCGGGGCGAGUUCUGGAUACAAGGGCGGAACUUCCGACUUCUUGUGCAUUCCUGCUAUUCCGGAUUGGGCUGAUACGUUCAACGAUGCAGCAAACUCACAAUCCUAUCUGUUAGGAAUGGAGUACGAAGUAGCAUCAUUUGACCCAUUCUCACACGAAAAUGCCGAGUUUAUCGACCAGCGUGACGUACCGUGUGCAGUGUGCCGUCUCACAAACCGUGGAACACAUCUUCUGAUUCCGGCUAAGAGAGAUUGCCCCCAGAACUGGACCCAAGAAUACCAAGGCUUCCUCAUGUCCGGACUCUACUCAACUGAGCAGCGCAGCCAGGCUGUAUGUGUGGAUGAAGCACCCGAGGUUAUCCCCAGUAGUCAAGCUAGCAGCAGUGCAGCUCUGCUUUACAUCAUGGAAAUUAAGUGUGGCUCAAUCCCAUGUCCCCCAUACGUUCAAUACCGUGAAGUGACGUGCACCGUCUGCACUGUGUAACUCAUUGCAGCUAGUUACUACUUUCUCUUUGCUAUUGCUAUUACACGAAUAUUGCUCGAUAUGUAAAUUACCUAAAGGCUCUACUUAUUGUUUAAAUCAUUUAACUUAUACCCUGACCUAUACAGUGCUAUUUAACGCCAUGCCCCGUCUAUGCAUGCACUGCAAAAACGUUGGUAAAAUCAUUUGUUGGGCAAAGUAACUUCAACAAUUAUUGGUCGAUAAUUACCCAACAAAACCAAUUGGUGUUGGACAAACAUUUUGUUUGCCAAUUUUGUGUUUAAAAAGCGGAACAAAAUUUGGGCAAGUGUUGGGCAAAUAAUUCGUAAUCUGAAUUUAUCAUAACUGUUGAUUACACUUUUGUUUAUUUAUUGGAGCAACUUUUUGGGUAAUUUUAGUUAAUUUCGAUUGUUGGUUAAAAUGAUGCACAUAAGUUGGUCAAACUCAUCCGAUCAUGCGCACUACGAUCAAAGAGUUGCCCAAAAGUUGGGCAAGGUAUGAAAAAACAUAACGAUAUUUGAUAUUUUCCCAUAUGGCGAGUGGAGGAGUGGCUGUGACGAGCGGGGUUUUCCAGUAGAUAUAGAUCAAAUUUGAAGGUUAAUUUUUAACUAAAUAUGAAGUUGUGUUUUCUAUUCAGUCGUACAUAGUCGUGACAGUUGCAGAGGGAGCAACAAAGUGACACUACUGUUGAAUUAGUUUCAGUUUUUAGUUUCAGUUUUAUCGUGCCAUUAUGUGCAACGCCGGUUGUGGCAUGUAUGCGUGUGCUUGCGCUGCAACUGUCACGACUGUGUACAACAACUGAACAGGAAACAAACUGUAUUUUAGUUAAAAACUAACCUUCCAAAGCAUCUACGAACCACUGAGCACCCUCUCGAUUUUGAGAGAGAUGCCAAGGCCUUGGAAGGUCACAGCUCACCACCGUUUACCAUCGUGGAAAAUAUAUUUUCUACGCCUGCUGCUUGUAUGACGUAUCACAGAAGAAACUGUAAAUCAAAGGGUUAAAUACAUUCACCAUUUGUUGGAUAACACCGAAAAGGGGUAAAUCAUUAAUAAAAUCAUCGCCCAAUUAGUGGGUUAUUGAUAAUGUAUUAAAUACCCAGAAAAUGGGUAAACAAAAAAUUACCCAACUGUUGGUUACCAAAAUAUACCCAACUAUUGAUGAGGAAAUAUUACCCAAUUAUUUGGCAAUCAAAAUGCCUAACUUUGAUGGGUAAUAUUUUGCCCAAAAGUUGGAGGAGUUCACUAUUCGCCCUUAAUUGGGUAAAAAGUUGGGCAUUUUUUACCCAAUUUGUUUACAGUGUGCCGUAAAGAGUAUUUUAGACAAAUUCGUCUGAAAGGCACUGGACACUAUUGGUAUAAAAGUUCAACAUUGUCAGCAUAAAAACUUACUUGGUAACAAGCAAUGGA